AUGAGUGCCUUUUCGUGGGAGGUUUUCGAGAGCUCGGAAGUCUUCAAGACUCUCCGCAAGCUCACAGAACAGCCCGCGGAGGCCUAUAGUUCAGAAAAUGGUCUCCAAGAAAUCCACGGUCUGGUCAUGGCAGAGGUGGCAAAGAACAGGGGCAAGUCUCUUCUGGAGGUCAACGGCUCCCAAGUCAGAAACGAGGGAAAGCCAAUGCUCGCUGGUGCCAUACCGGAUUCCGUCGCAGACGUGCUUGUCGAGCUCGCUUGUCGAACCCCACCAUCCGAUCAGCGUAGACUCGUCGAGUUCGCCUCUCAGCUCUAUAGACGAACAGAAAUUGAUCCAGAGUCAGGCGAGCCGCUGACACAGGAUGGGAAGGCGGUGUGGGCUGAGAAUGUCUCUCUCCUGCGCAGCGCCAAUACGGAAUGGAGAGACCGUAUAUCUGCUGAGGAAAAUGGUGGCGCCUGGAACAUUAAGACAUAUUCAGACGACGUCGGAUUGCCAAGUGAUAUCAAGCGUCGCUGGGCAAAUCUAAUGGCAUUUACCGCGCAGCUUACCCAACUUGCACCUCCUGUACCCGAAUAUGACGACAAUCCAAUUCACUGGGCACAUAUGGCAAUAUGGUCUCUGCGGGCUGCUUUUGAGGCUGAUAUCGCACCACACGAACUUGUCGGCACAACCACCUUCCACGUCGCCUGCUUAUGGUUCAUCUAUGCUGCUGAUGCAGUGUGGGCAUGUGCACUGAAGGAGAUCGAAGCGGGAGGAGAGUUCAUGUCCAGUCCAGGUUCACAAUAUCAAGAGAAGGCCUGGAAGGGGUUCAACCAGGAACGGUGGGAUACCUGGGUGCGCGCGUUGGAAACAGCUGGGACAAGUUGCAGCGAUUCUGACGCAGAGACGAAGGACAUGAUAGAUGGUGCCUUGAAGAAGGCUAAGAACGCAAGUCAAGGAAAUUAA